AGAUGAGUUCACUUGAUUACAAACUGGCACAGUCCCGCGAACUUUGUUCAUUGUAAUUAACCCAUUAUUUGAUUAAUGUCCACAUUUUUGGGUGGGAGUGGUGGCUCAUGCCUGUAAUUCCAGCACUUUGGGAGACCAAGGCGGCCGGAUCACCUGAGGUCAGGAGUUCAACACCAGACUGGCUAACAUGGCAAAACAUUGGCUCUACUAAAAAUACAAAAAUUAGCCAGUCAUGGUGGUGGGUGCCUAUGAUCCCAGCUACUCGAGAGGCUGAGGCAGGAGAAUCACUUGAACCUGGGAGGCAAGGGUUGCAGUGAGCUGAGAUCACCCCAUUGCACUCCAGACUGGGCAACAAAGUGAGACUCCGUCUCAAAGGAAAAAAAAAUCCUUGUUUUCCACCAGACUAUAGUCUCUUCAGCGCUAGGGACUCUUGCUCCUGCCAUAUCCCUCAGUGCCUGUCACGACAAAAGACCUCAGUAGGCAGCUAAAUGAGUGACCAUGGGGGUGAGGCAGGAGGAGUUGGGGCAGGCAGAUAGUUAAAUGUUGGCCCUCAUUCAGUAGUCUGAGGAGCUGGCAUGCUGAGCACAGUAGCUGGUGAUAGCAGAGAGGUUUGGGAGGAGCCAGAGGAAAAGGGACUUUGGCACUGAGCAGAGGAGUGAAUUCAGCUGGAGAGCUGUUGAGAGCCACUGUAGAGGUACAAGCAGGGAGGGUUUUGGGUCUGAGCUUUUAAAAAACUUACUCUGUGACCAUGUGAAUCAUAGACUCAAGGGAACUCAGGAGGGGCAGAGUUGGGAGACUAGAGAGUGACUCAAGCAAGAGGUGAAGCCUUGGUCAUGGCCAUAGAGAUAGAGGGGUCAGUGACGGCCACAGGAUUGUCUCUCUCAGCUGUGCUGUGGCACAUUAGGGCAGAGCCUGACUUAUGUGGAUAUGUAGAGAAAUUUGGCUGCUGGGAGGAGGAGGAAGGGAGGAAAAGAGGUUGGACAGCUGAUGGAUGAAGGAUGGCGGAUGGAUGGUUAGAGCAUGAAUGAUGGAGGGUUGAUGUCUGCCUGACUAGCAAGAGGAUGAGUGGAAUUUUGGGCUGAAGAGGGUGGGAUCAAGGGAGGAAGAGUGGAUGGCUGCCUGGGUGGAAUCUAUUGGUGAAUUUUUCAUAUCAGACUGCAGCAAAAAUUGUCAGCAUACUUGUCUCCUGCAUUUGGCCCAGUCAUUGAGCAGAUAGGUCCUGGAAGAGCUGCGUUUCAGCUUCAGAGAUUAGUCAUGCUGACCCUGGCCAGUCCCUGAACAUGCAGAUGCCAACGUGCGGGACAAGAGCUAUUCGGGGUCCCUGCCCAUCUUCAACCGAAGCCAGCACGCACAUGUCAUUGAAGACCUGCACUGCAACUUGUGCGACGUGGACGUCUAGGUGCACAGUCCCAGAGCAGGAGGGAUGUACCUCCUCACCCCUCCUACAGCCUCUGGGGACCCCCAGCUCUUCGGGAGAGCUGCCUCCUCCAGGGACCCCACCCUGUAGUGCCUGCAGAGGGCGCGCGCGCUCCUUGUCGCCGACCUCCGGGCUGUUUCAAGCCAGGAGCGCUCGCUCUAAGCAUUGCAGCGCCUGCAACAAGUGCGUGUGCGGCUUCGACCACCACUGCAAGUGGCUCAACAACUGUGUGGGCGAGCGGAACUACCGGCUCUUUCUACACAGUGUCGCAUCCGCUUUACUGGGUGUCCUGCUCCUUGUGCUGGUGGCCACAUAUGUCUUCGUGGAGUUCUUUGUCAACCCCAUGCGGCUGCGCACCAACCGACACUUUGAAGUGCUGAAGAAUCACACGGAUGUGUGGUUCGUGUUCCUGCCUGCUGCCCCUGUGGAGACCCAGGCCCCUGCCAUCCUGGCCCUGGCCGCCCUGCUCAUACUUCUGGGCCUGCUGUCCACAGCCCUGCUGGGCCACCUGCUCUGCUUCCACAUUUAUCUCAUGUGGCACAAACUCACUACCUAUGAGUACAUCGUGCAGCACCGCCCACCACAGGAGGCCAAGGGCACCCACAGGGAGCUGGAGUUGUGUCCUCCCAAGAUGCCGCCCAUUCAGGAGAUGGAGUUCUACAUGCGGACCUUCAGCCAUGUGCGCCCAGAGCCCCCUGGCCAAGCCAGGCCAGCAGCAGUGAAUGCCAAUCCUGCCCAGUUUUUUGCCACCCGUGGCCAAGUGGAGCCUCCACCACCCUCUUCCCCAGACACUCUUGUCCUGCCUCCCGGGAUCCGACCCCAGAAAAAGAGGAAGAGGCGGUUGUAUAAAGUGCGGACGUCUGAGAUCUCAGAUCAGGCGUUGGGGCCCAGGGCCCGCGGCCGCCGCUCCAGCUCGUCGGCGGAUUCCGCGGACGCCAGCCCUGUGCACGCCGCUGGCCUUGCCGGUGCCUACCACUCGGCGUCAGCUGAAUCCGUGGAAGAGAUUCCCGUGUCGCAGACGCGCCUGGGCAGCGCCUCUCUGGCCGCCCCGCGGGGCCGGGGCCGAGAGCUGGGGCUGGCUCUGCAGGCGCGUGCGCUUGCCGUUUUCGUGAGCCCGAGCAGUGCUGAACCCCGGGCGCCAGGCGGCCGGGAGGCCGGUCUGGGUUAGCUGGGUCGAGAGGCCCGAGGGCCGGGGAGGAGCGACCGGCCCGACUCUCUAUGCAACACCCCACCCUUAUCGCACCGAGUGCACUUUAGGGGCCCCAGUGACCGGCGGGAUUGACCUCCCAUCCCCACGACUCAGCAAUACCCGCCCCACCGGUCGUGAUGCUCCAAUAAACUUUUUUAUGCUUUUUCGGA